GCAGGUGGGCGUGGUCUCGGAUCAACCCUUCCGGAGUCAAGCCCACUCCAAGGUCUGGCUUUUCGGUGGCCAUGGCGCCAAAUCACCAGACGCUGCUCUUCGGGGGAGUCUGUGACGAGGAAGAAGAGGAGCGCCUGGAGGGUGACUUCUUCAACGACCUGUACUUCUAUGAUGCCGCCAGGAACUGCUGGUUUGCGGGACAGCUGAAGGGACCCAAGACGGAGAAGAGACGGUGCCAGCAGGGCAGGAAGGCGUGUGGGGGAGCUGGCACCCUGGCACCCCUGGUAGUGGUCACCAUCAAGCAGAUGCUCUGUGCCCCACACGUGGCGGGACGGCCCCAGCCCGAGGACAAAGAUAGUCCCGAGGAAGCCGGCAGCCCCGUGGUCGAGCCGAGUCCGCGCUCCAACGCCAUGCUGGCCGUGAAGCACGGGGUGCUCUACGUCUACGGGGGCAUGUUUGAAGCAGGUGACCGCCAGGUCACCCUCAGCGACUUAUACUGUCUCGACCUCCACAAGAUGGAGGAGUGGAAGGCUUUGGUGGAGAUGGACCCAGAAACUCAGGAGUGGCUGGAGGAGACAGACUCCGAUGAGGACAGCGACCAGGCUGAGGGUGCCGAGGGUGCCGAGGGUGGCGAGGAGGAGGAGUAUGACGACAGCGCAGAGGAUGGAGGUGAGGGUGUGCUGAGACCCCCCCCCCCAACAUGUCCCUGCACACGGGAGCGGGGCCUUGGGCACUCGGACAGCCUGGCAAACCUCGUUCUUCUGUGUGGGUGACGGAGUGACCCUGGUGAAGAAGGCAGAAACAUAAGGAACCUGUUUUUGUUGGACUGAAACAAGUUACAUUGUACGUUUUUGGGGGGAGGUAUUGGAUAUGCUACAGAUUCUCAGGAAUUCUCAAGACACAUUUCUGUCUCGGGCCCAGACCCGCUCUGGAGUAGCACUGAGGCAUCUGGAAGGAAUAUGCAUAUCUGUUGGGGGAAGUUGAGGCAGGCACAGUACAAAGAUGUGAAAACCCCUGGAGGUCAGUAACAGCCUGAGGAGACGUCCUUCCCAGGCCCUCACUGCUGGGAUGGAGCCUGCAUGCACAGCCGCGCCGUCCACGGCAGAGGGGCCCCGCAUCCCUCACGGCCCCACGGCACAGCCCCUCAGCUUCCGGGCUCAGAUGUGCCCCAUGGGAUCAGAGUCGGCCCCUGGCUUCUCUGGGGUCGGGUGGGAGGAUAGCCGAGGGGGCCUGAGGAGUGGGCCAUGGAUGGCGGAAGAAAUAAGGACUUUGCUUAAGACGUGGUGUGGGCAGUCGGCUUCUCGAGGGAGGCCGGGGGCAGUGCCGUGUCUGGGGAAGAGACGAGGAGGCAUGUCUCUCCCUCAGGUGUGCAGCACAGACUGCAGCGGGGGAGGGCGCCGUUCCCACCCCCCGCGCAUCGCGGGCUGUUCCAGACAGAGCAGCAGCAGAGCCGUGUGCAUCCAGCCGCUCCCCCG